UCAUUCAUCGCCGCCCAACGCCGCCGGCGAACGCUACCAACAGUUCGACCCUCAUCCUUCAUCUCCUUCCUCUGAAAAAAGCCAGAUUUUUAACAGAAAAAUGGGGAAGAAGAGAAAGCACAAUGAGACUACUGAAGCUGUGGCACUGCCCAAAAAGGAAGAUGCCGCUCCAGAGAGACCAACCAGGACCCUUUUGGGAUGGAAGGAUAAAAAUGAAGUCAAUGAUGAUGUUGAGGUUGAGAUUAAGGGUAAUGGUGAUUCACCAAUAUUUAGGAACAAAGAGAAGGUAUUGGUCACUUGCUCAAGGCGAAUCAAUUACAGGUACCGUCAUUUGAUGUUGAAUUUGGUCUCGCUUUUGCCUCAUUGCAAGAAGGAUAACAAGGUUGAAUCAAAGGAAACUAAAGGAGCCACUCUGAACGAGCUUGUUGAGCUCAAAAACUGUUCCUCUUGUUUAUUUUUUGAGUGCAGGAAGCAUAAAGAUCUUUAUCUCUGGAUGGCGAAAUGCCCCGGUGGCCCGUCUGUAAAAUUUUUAGUUAGUGCUGUGCACACAAUGGAGGAAUUGAAGCUAACUGGGAAUCACCUAAGCGGUUCCCGCCCUAUUUUGACAUUUUCAGCAAAUUUUGAAAAAGAUGCGCAUUGGAAACUGUUAAAGGAAAUGUUGUUACAGGUAUUUGAAACACCCAAGGACCAUAGAAAGACUAAGCCUUUCCAUGAUCACGUUUUUGUUUUCUCAAUAGUUGAUGAUCAUAUAUGGUUCCGGAAUUACCAGAUCUCUGUUCCUCAUAAUGAGUCAGACAAGUUACCACGAGGAGGCCUUGAUAAAAUGACAUUGAUUGAGGUUGGUCCGCGAUUCUGCUUGAACCCGAUUAAAAUCUUUGGUGGCAGUUUUGGAGGCCCAACUUUAUAUGAGAAUCCACUCUAUGUUUCACCAAAUCAGAUUCGAGCGUUGGAGAAGAGGAAGAAGGCUGGAAAGUUUUCAAAGAAGGUCAAAGCAAAGACAAGGAGGAAAAUGCAUGAGAUGUCUAAUCCUCUAGAGCCUGACGAGUUUGCAGAUAUGUGGAAAGAAUAAUUUUGAAUAAACCUAUCAUUAGAAAAAUCCAUAUUUCGCCUUUUAUGUAGCAUGAAUUGGUAGUUUUUUUGGUUGGAAGCCUAUGCUUUAUAGCGGCUUUUUAUGUUGUGAAUUGCUUUGUAUGUUCAAUUGGAGAUAUGAUAUAGGUUGUACUUUUGUUUAUCAUCA